CACAGCCUGUGUUUCUGAUUUACAAAUCUUCCUCUUUCUCACCACAGGAUCAUGGCACAGACAUUGGGGAUGUUUCAGAGAGGAAGAAGUUGAGAGGGUCUGAACUGCAAACCCUUCCAUUGGUAUCUGGACAAUGUGUAUCCAAUGUUAGACCCCCUGGGUGACUUGCUUGGUUAUGGAGUUCUGGUCAAUGACCUGAAGAUGGAUCUCUGUAUAGAUCAAGUCCCAGUUCCGGGGAACACACCUAUUUUACAUGGAUGCAAUUAUUUUACUCCACAGAACUGUUAUUAUCGAGCCAGCGGAGAGAUCUACAUUGGAGGCUUCAAGUCUCACAAGUACAACAGUAAUCGCUGUCUGGUGGACAUUGGCACUCAAACCCCAGGACUGUAUGAGUGCAAGGAGGCCAAGCAGAAGGGAUUCCACAUGCUCUGGGAAUUUCAACAGGGAAAAGCCAUCCAGAACAGACAGACAAAGAGAUGUCUGGAGAUAGCCCCAGGCGAGGACACUUUCUACCAGCUCAUCAUUCAGGAGUGCAGUGGGCAGCACUGGAAAAUACAGAAUGUGAUAAAAGACUUCUGAUACACUGAGAUGUCUAGGCCUACUGUACCAUAGACAAUACAGCAGGACUAUAGGAGUUAUCAUCAUGCUUUGAAAAGCCAAUCGGUAGUCAUCAGUGAGAUGACUGUGUGAUCUUAGUGAGCUUUUGGUUGUACAUAG